GCGUGACGCGUGGAUUAAGCGGUCACAUGAUCAUAUUGUCAUUUGGAGAACAACGCGUUAAACGUUUGCUUCCGCCACUGGCCCACCGUCAUUCAUUACGAGUAAUAUUUUCCUCAACGUUGUCGUGAAUUCGGUGCAUGACGGACUUGUGGAGACGGUCUCCCUCUCCAGAAGAAAGCUGGAGCGACGCGGAAGGUGGGAAUGAGAAUGGAGAGUGGCCAAUCAAGGGGAUCGUAGGUGAGGAGGUUGAUCCUGAUGGCACUUUAAGAUAUGAAGUGAGAUGGGGAAACUGGUCGCGAAAGGAUGGCACAAACACGACCUGGCAACCCGAUAUAACUGAUCGUGGUGAUUUGGUCAAUCGCUGGAAAAGAACGCAGCGCCUCAAGCGUAAUUCACUUGCCCAGGACAGUCUAGACAUGGAAGUGUCCUGGCCAGAUGACGCAGUGCAUAAGCGUUUUACCUUCCUGCGCGCGCAAGCAUACGAGGAGAAGAAACGCAAACGGCCUGAUAAUCCCUCAGCAGCAGAUUGGGACAAAGAGAUAGAACUUGCAUGCAGGCGCACAGAUGAGCCCGACGCCGAAGACGAUAAUGCGGCGUCUCGCCUGCGUGUUCGCCGAGGUACCCCACGUUCAACCCCGUCGUCUGAUGUACCACGUUCGUCCUCGGUCAAACGCACUCGUGGAUCGACUCCUUCGAACCCCCUAUCUUUAUCUAAAAGACCUUCCGUAGGGGAUGACGCUUUUCGCUCUUUGAUGUCCAAUUUGUCUACAAGCUCAGUGGAGUCUCCCAGGAGUAUAUCCAAAGAUGUCGCAGAAGGUUCCAAGCAUAUUACCACAAGCCGCUCUGUCAAAUCUGGUCGGGCCAGCACUUCAGCGGGGUUACCGAAACCCACACCGUCAGAUAUGAAGGGCAAUGUUAUAUUCGUCCGCCCUGUGAAGCCUUUGCGCGGGCGAGCGCUCUUACAGAGUAACUGGAACCAAGCAGCACAGGAGACUGGUGCUGCAGAUAUACGCAUCUCCAACGAGAUCGUAGAUGGCGACAUUGAGCAGCAUCUGCACAAAUUCAAAUACAUAGAGAGAAAAUAUAAUUUUGGUAAUGCUAAACUCCAGUCAACCUUUAAUGUGGAUCCAGGGGCUUUCCUUGCAUGUAGAUGCAAACCGUGUCAAAGAGCAUCUCAAUGCGACUGUCAGACGGGAUCAGAUAUCACGAAUGAGAGAGGGCAAAAGUUAUACGCCUAUAGCGGGGGACUUUACACGUUUCGUAUCCCGCAAGGAACUGAAGUGAUUGAGUGUAACAAGUACUGUAGAUGUAGUCCAACGUGCUGUAAUCGCGUUGCUCAGAAGCCUCGUGAUGUUCCAAUCGAGAUUUUCAAGACAAAGCAGUGCGGCUGGGGUGCUCGCUGCCUCGUCGCACUACCAAGAGGAAAGGUAUUGGGAUUAUAUAUAGGGACGUUGCUGCGUCGGGAAGACGUAGACAACCUUCCUCCAGAGCACAUUGGUUAUGUUUUCGAUCUUGAUGGCACAGAGAUCCGUGGUCAGCACAAUGCAGGAGAUAAAUAUUCGGUCGAUUCUUAUGAAUGCGGCAACUGGACUCGCUUUGUCAAUCACUCAUGCUCGCCCAGUAUGAAGGUCUAUUCGGUCGUCUUUGACACCAUUCGAGAGGUACACAUGCCUUAUGUGGCAUUCGUCGCUGCUCAAGAUAUACCUGCCGGAGAGGAGCUCACUAUUGAUUAUGAACCAAGCGCUGCCGAAGAAAUAGCUGAAGGCACUGGGAAGCGAAAGCGAAAGAUUUCACCCACCGCGCUUUUAUGCAAGUGUAGCUCCAAGCAAUGUAGAGGAUGGAUUAAGCAAUGAGAGUCGCUCCAAGGUUGUACACAUCAAUCAUUGUCGUCAACGAGAGAAUACAUGUAGCCAUCCCCCUCCCCCGCUGAAGUCUAGGAUCACUGGCUCUGUCGCCGACCUGUAUCUGGAAAGCCUU